AACAACACGAACACACCUAAUACCGGCCUCUAACAGCUAGGGACACUCCUAGAGAAUACAGAUGUGAGUUACUUAAUUGUUCACCAGCUGGCGUUUGGGUUCGUCAGCUAUACAACUGAUGAAUGGAUAAACAGCUCUGGAAAUAACCUAACCGAACUAAAGUCUGUGCGUUACCGCCAUUUGUCUAAAGUUUCCUCGGAGACGAAUAAUCACAAAUUUAAUAUCUUCGACAAGAAAUAGUACUACGUAAUAUUUUGUUAGACAUAUUUGGUUACACAGUAGUUGAGAUGACUUCUGCAUUGGAAUCUAUGGUGGUCGAUGAGAAACAACUUCCUGAAAAGCCGGUAGACAGGGAGAAAACAUGUCCGCUUUUAUUACGUGUCUUUUGCAACACUGGACGUCAUCAUAACAUAAUGGAAUACAGCAGAGGAAAUGUUCCUUCGAAUGAAUUACAGAUCUACACAUGGAUGGAUGCUACCUUGCGAGAAAUUACAGGAUUAGUUAAAGAAGUUAACCCAGAUGCUCGUAGCAAAGGAACAUACUUUGACUUCUCGCUAGUAACUCCUGAGUUACGUAAUUCUGGCUAUCGUAUGCGUGAGAUUGGUGUUACAUGCUCUGGUCAAAAAGGUGCCGAUGAUAACAAGACUCUUGCACAAGCCAGGUUCACAAUUGGCGAUUACUUAGAUAUAUCAAUAACACCACCUAACAGAAUGAUGCAACCAGCGAUAAGACGUGGAGGCUUGCGUCAGUAUUAAUAUAUUAAUAUAAGAUUUAUAAGUUGUAAUAAUCACUAUUAUAAUUAAUAAUAAGAUUAUACAGAUAAAACUGCACAUUUCCAUAAGAAUUUUCCAAGAUAUUGUUCUAAUAAACAAGUGAAGCAAU